AUGGCUUCCCAAGCAGAGGCGCCACCCUCUCCAACCGCGAGCUUCUAUGAUAUGAGUGAUGAUGAAGAGGGCGAGUACAACACAAUUCGACAUACCAGCAGUGGCAAAGGCGUAAAGCUGCUGUAUACAAAGAGCAAAGUAUACGUACAUCCCUCACCCUCGUCUAAAGACAACAUCCCUGGCUUCAUUGCCCUCAUACAACAAAAGUCAACCCGCUCCUCUAACGAUGCACGUCCUACUCCAUCCUCGUCUGCUCGAAGCGUCAGCGCGUCCUCACUACUCCUUUGCUGGAUCCCAGAGUCGAGCCUCGGCGAUGCAUACGAUACCUACGUCAAGGUCGAUCUAUCAGACUCCUCAUCACCACCUAAACAGUCGUAUUUGGUGCCACCACCUCCUACACCUUCCACGCACUCUGUAACUCCCGGUUAUGCAUUUGCACUGCCCGUCAGCGAGAUAUAUUCGGUCUUGAUACGACCACCAAGUAUAGGAUGGUGGUUUGGGAGCGUGGUUGUCAAUACUCGUGCUGGUGACAGUUUUCCUGCGCUGUUCUUCCAUGACAGCGAGUGCCAGUCCACUAUCAUGCAAAGGAAGAAGCUAGCAAAGGAGAGUUUUGAUCCGUUUGGUGACGGAGGUGGCAUGUUCUGGGGCGGCGACGAGGUACUCAGAUGGCUCAAACGAUACGUCACAGUUGAGCGGUCGGGAGCCGACCCGAGUAUAUAUCUCAUCGAUCCCUCUGAAGAAGACAAGAAGUCCUUUGGUAAAGAUGUGGCGCCGAGAAAGAGCACCGAAGGUCAAACAGGCGCAUCAUCUUCGCAACAAGGCGGACAAAGAGACGCAGCUAUGGAUCCAGUAACAAAGGCACUCAAAGAGGCGAGAUGGAAUUUCCUCGAGAAGCUCAGCCAAGUCACUACAUUUACAAGAAGGACUGCACAAGCCGUUGCAGACAACCCUAAAAUCCCUCCUCAGGUUAGGCGCUUGAUUCAGAAUCCAGAGGUGCAGACUUUACAGGAAGAGUUUGACAGUGCACGGUUAUAUCUGGCGAGGUGGGCUAUGGGCAUCGCCGAGCAAAGUGAACGAGAGCGAAACCAGCGGAUAUGGACAGCCAAAGAUGUCUUGGCCAUGGAGGAAAGCGACGUCGGCGACUUUGAGAUUCUAGACAUGGACAAGAUGACCAUGGCCGAUCGAAGAAAACCAGUCACCUUGGAGGAGUGGAAGGGCUUUUUCGAUUCCAGGGGACGGUUGCAGCUGAUGCCAGACGAAGUCAAGGACCGUAUCUUUCACGGCGGCCUGGAUCCCGACGAUGGCGUGCGCAAAGAGGCAUGGCUAUUCCUCUUAGGUGUUUACCAAUGGGAAAGCUCAGAGGAAGAGCGACGCGCCCACAUCAAUAGCCUUCGCGACGAGUACAUUCGACUCAAAGGCGCUUGGUGGGAGCGGAUGGCCGAGGGUCAGCACACCCUAGAGCAAGAAGAAUGGUGGAGGGAGCAGAAGAACAGGAUUGAGAAAGAUGUACAUCGCACAGAUCGCAAUAUCCCCAUCUUUGCUGGCGAGGAUAUUCCGCAUCCUGAUCCCGACUCUCCAUUUGCAGAUGUUGGCACAAAUGUCCAUUUGGAGCAGAUGAAGGAUAUGCUGCUUACCUACAACGAAUACAACAAGGGUCUUGGCUAUGUACAAGGCAUGAGUGAUCUGCUCGCGCCCAUUUAUGCAGUCAUGCAAGACGAUGCAGUUGCCUUCUGGAGCUUUGUGGGGUUUAUGGACCGUAUGGAGCGAAACUUCCUACGGGAUCAGUCUGGAAUGCGCAAGCAGCUCAUGACUCUUGACCAUCUUGUACAGCUCAUGGACCCUAAGCUGUACCUACACCUGCAGUCCGCAGACUCGACUAACUUCUUUUUCUUCUUCCGCAUGCUACUUGUUUGGUAUAAGCGAGAGUUUGAAUGGGCAGAUGUACUGCGGUUAUGGGAGUCCCUAUGGACCGACUACUUGAGCAGCAACUUCCAUAUCUUUAUUGCAUUGGCUAUACUGGAAAAGCAUCGCGAGAUUAUCAUGGCGCAUCUGAAGCACUUUGACGAGGUGCUCAAAUAUGUCAAUGAGCUUUCUGGUACAAUGGACCUGGAGUCAACACUCGUCCGCGCCGAGUCUCUGUUCAAGAGAUUCCAGCGAACAGUAGAAACUAUUGACAAAAAGGGCAACUUUCCCUCGGCACCACAAGCGAGGCAGCGGAAGCCAGCCGCUGGGGUGGCUGGUAGUUCAGGCUCCUCAUCGUCGGCCAACCAAGCGACGACCUCUGGUACCGAUAAAGGCAAGCAGGUUGCUGGAGAUGAACAAGAGACGAGAGUGAUCAGUCCAGAACUCCGCGCAUUGUUAAGUCGAAAAGUAGAGAAACUCGAUAAAGAUAAGGCGGCAGAGCAGGGUAGUGGCGUUGGCAAGUAG